AACUCAAAACAGAGGGGAAAGCAAACAGAGCAAACGAACAAGGAAAGAUAAAUUCUGGAAAGCUCUUUGUUCUAGGGUUUCUCGUUGUAAUUGUUUUUCUUUUAAAUCAUAUCUAUAUUUCAAUAUUACAGCUAGUAACCGAUCUUGUCAUUCUCACGAUAUUGAAGUGCAUGCAGAAAUAGUGGAGUGACAGAGUCUGGGAUCAUAUGAGAAGUUACUUGCUCUGCUUGAUACAUAGUUUGCUUAGAAGUCUGUAAAUUUUGGAGAUAAAUUUUAGGUUUUUGUUUGUUGUGUGAUUGGAAAAAUGGGUUACAUUUGUGAUUUCUGUGGGGAUCAACCGUCGAUGGUAUAUUGCCGGUCUGAUGCUGCCUGUUUAUGUUUGUCAUGCGAUCGGAAUGUCCAUUCUGCUAACGCACUGUCAAAACGGCACUCGAGAACAUUGUUAUGUGAAAGAUGCAAUUCACAGCCUGCUUUUGUUAGAUGUUCUGAAGAAAAGGUUUCCCUCUGUCAGAACUGUGAUUGGAUGGGUCAUGAUGCCUCUACCUCGAAUUCUAUGCAUAAUAGGCAAACAAUAAAUUGUUACUCUGGUUGCCCAUCAUCUGGGGAACUUUCUUCCAUAUGGUCAUUUUUUUCACAAUCUGCUUGUGAGGAGGAACUAGGUCUGAUGAGCAUUUCUGAGAACAUAGAGAGUAAUUCUUGGGGCCCUACAGAAAAUACCAUUUGCUGGAAUAGUGCUGGUGUGGCUGAAGUUAAUUGUGAUCUCAAUGUGGAUAUGGGAAAUGGCUGGGGUGGGACUUCAGUUCCUGAAAUCAGAUCAGCGGCACAACAUAUGGAUCAGCCAGCCGGACCAACAGAUACAUCACUGACCAAGUUAUUCUACCCUCAAACAAAGUGUCCCGGACUUGGUGAAGAUGAUCUGUAUGAUGACUUCAACAUGGAUGAAGUUGAUUUGAACCUUGAAAACUAUGAAGAACUCUUUGGGGCAACUCUCAAUCACUCAGAAGAAGUUCUAGAGAAUGGUGGAAUUGAUAGCUUAUUUGGGACAAAAGACACACGUGCUGCUGAUUCCAACUGUGAACCGCCCGCUGAGGGCUCCUCUGUUGGACUGGUCAAUGAAAUCCAGCCAGCAUGCAGCAAUGCAGCAUCUGCUGAUUCCUUGAUGAGCAAUAAAACCGAUUCAAUUCUGUGUUUUACGGCAAGGCAUGCUCAUUCAAGCCUCUCGUUUUCUGGCCUUACUGGAGAGAGCAAUGUUGGAGAUUAUCAAGAUUGUGGGGCUUCAUCAAUACUUCUAAUGGGAGAGCCUCCUUGGUGUCCGCCAUGUACUGAGAGCUCCUUCCCAUCAUCAACUCGAAGCGAUGCUGUUAUGCGUUACAAGGAAAAGAAGAAGACACGGAAGUUUGAGAAGCGAGUGCGAUAUGCCUCUCGCAAAGCAAGGGCUGAUGUGAGAAAGCGAGUGAAGGGACGCUUUGUCAAAGCUGGUGAUGCCUAUGAUUAUGAUCCAUUGAACCAAACCAGAAGCUGCUGAGAGUACAAUUUUUAUAACCAUGCUUAGAAAAAGGAAAGAAACACGUGAUGUUAGUUUGGAAGAAUUGAUUAUUCUUGCCUAAAAUGAAGAAAUCAAUGCUCAUCUUUCAUUAUUUUCUUGACUAGUUAAAUGACAGGCUAUGUAUGGUUGUAUCUCAAGUCCCCAGGUUUUAUCACCAGAUGUUGGAAACAAAAUCACCACAAAUAAAUCACCGAGGCCUGGUUCUGCAUUACCGUAAAAAGAUUCAUCGAUUGGGACACCAUUCAUCGAGAUUAUAUUGCCUUUCCCUCCAGCCAGGCCACUGAUUUCAACCUGCAGUGUUCAUAUAAAAGCAUGCAACUCUAAUUUUGCUCAUUCUUUCUUAUUUGACAUUUAUGUACAGCGUAUGGAUCUUAUCUUUCCAAGUUUUUUAAUUUGUAUGCCAAAAGUAAACAGCUGUGCUUCCUUGGUCGGACAAUAAAUAUGCACUUUG